AUGGCUUCUACUUCCGUACAAUUCUCCCGAGAGAAAUCUGAUUCAAUUCGCAUUGUCUCUGUAAAAAGGAAGGUGAAGGUCACCGUAUGUUGUCAUGGCUUUUCGCAAGCAAACUCAAAAGUAUCUGGUCUUAUUAAUUACAUCGAACAAAAUAUGACGGAUGUCGUUGAAAAUGUGAACUUCGAACCACUGCCGUACAAUAUCAAUGAAAUGGACAAGUUUGACUUGAGGAGGCUCGAUGUCCUUCUUCUCUGCCACUCCAUAGAAAACAGAAGUUUCUCAAUAACUGAUGUCGGAGGUGCACUUUAUGAUAGAUUCCUUCACAGAGCCAUGAAACAUUUGGGAAAAAGUAAAGUGGGAGUCAUCGUCCAUGACUUUCUCGAAAAGGACCUUUCACCGGACAAACUUCAUUUUGUAAUGUCUAACUUUCGCCACACCCAGCCUACAACAUUCCAGUGUGCAUCGCUUGUUCUGAUUGGAGGUCAGCUGUCGCAUGAACCAAUACAACUGAGCCACGAGCAACAUCAAGAACUUGGGAGAUUUCUCUGCGCGGAAAUGAGUUGGACAGAAAGAGUAGGCGUUACAUUUAAUAGACUUAGUGAUUGUUGCUGCUGUAUUCAAUGUGAUUGAAUAAUGGGGAGAUCAAUCUAAUUGGCUAUUGGAGAGCCAUUAUAACAUACAUCAUCAAGGCAUAUCAUUGAGGAAGUGAACUAGAGCAACUCCACUUAGAGGUCAAAUCCACCCCAGAAAAAUGUUGAUUUGAAUAAAUAAAGAAAAAUUAAGGAAGCAUUAUACUGAAAGUUUCAUCAAAGUCGGAUGUAAAAUAAGAAAGUUAUGACAUUUUAAAUUUUCGCUUAUUUUUCACAAAACAGUGAUAUGCACAACUCAGUGGCGUGCCAAUGAGACAGUCGACGAUGUCCCUCACUCAUAAUUUCUUUUGUUUUUUUUAUUAUUUGAAUUAUAAGAUAUUUAAUUUCUUACAUAUUUGACAAUAAGGACCAACUUGAUUCAACCAAUAUUGUAUUAAACAAUGCUAAUUGCACAUUUUCAUGGAUGAAUAAAUCGUUGUUUCACACGCCAAUAGAGAAAAAUUGUAAUAUUUCAUAUUUCACAUAAUAAAAUACAAAGGAAAUAGUAAGUGGGUGAUGUCAUCAGUCUCCUCAUUUGCAUACCGACAAGGGUGUGAGUAUAACUGUUGUGUGAAAUAAAGCGAAUCUUUAAAAUAUCAUUCAUGUCAUAACUUUCUUAUUUUACCUCCGAUUUUGAUGAAAUUUUCAGUGUUAUGGUGUUUGAUUUUUCUCUCUUUAUUCGAAUCAACUUUUGGUUGGGGGUGGACUUGUCCUUUAAUGUAUGCAUUCAGUAUACCAUGUAUGUUAACCACACACAAAAUCCAGAUAUACUGUAAAAAAAAUCAAAUUAUAGCAUGCUGUUUAACUUUAUGUUGAUGACUUCCCCUUUUCGACAUUAUUUUUGUAACCUGAGAAGAAUCGUGUAUAGUAUAUUGUUAAUAUAAAAAAGGGCUUUCAUUUUUCUUUCAACACUCCAAAAACUCGUUUUGUCAAAUGACCACACAACAGAAAACUCACGGUCCAAAUCAGAAUCAAAUCGAUGUUGUUUUUAUACUGUCUGGUGUAAACUGGUUUUGCUUCAACACCUUAUUGCUAAUACAAUUUUGAUACAAAUCGAUGUUGUUUUUAUACUGUCUGGUGUAAGCUGGUGUUGCUUCAACACCUUAGUGCUAAUACCAUUUUGGAUCAAAUCGAUGUUGUUUUCAUACUGUCUGGUGUAAGCUGGAUUUGCUUCAACACCUUAGUGCUAAUACCAUUUUGAAUCAAAUCGAUGUUUUUUCAUACUGUCUGGUAUAAGCUGGUUUUGCUUCAACACCUUAGUGCUAAUACCAUUUCCAUUCAAAUCGAUGUUGUUUCUAUACUGUCUGGUGUAAGCUGGUUUUGCUACAACACCUUAGUGCUAAUACCAUUUCGAUUCAAAUCGAUAUUGUAUUUUUAUAUUGUCUGGUGUAAGCUGGUUUUGUUUCAACACCUUAGUGCUAAUACCAUUUUGAAUCAAAUCGAUGUUAUGUUUAUACUGUCUGGUGUAAGCUGGUUUUGCUUCAACACCUUAGUGCUAAUACCAUUUUGAAUCAAAUCGAUGUUGUGUUAUACUGUCUGGUGUAAGCUGGUUUUGCUUCAACACCUUAGUGCUAAUACCAUUUUGAUUCAAAUCGAUGUUGUUUUUAUACUGUCUGGUGUAGGCCUAAGCUGGCUUUGCUUCAACACCUUAGUGCUAAUACCAUUUUGAUUCAAAUCGAUGUUGUUUUAUACUGUCUGGUGUAAGCUGGUUUUGCUUCAACACCUUAUUGCUAAUACCAUUUUGAUUCAAAUCGAUGUUGUUUUUAUACUGUCUGGUGUAAGCCUGUUUUGCUCCAACACCUUAGUGCUAAUACCAUUUUGAAUCAAAUCGAUGUUGUGUUUAUACUGUCUUGUGUAAGCUGGUUUUGCUAAAACACCUUAUUGCUAAUACCAUUUUGAUUUAAAUCGAUGUUGUUUUUAUACUGUCUGGUGUAAGCUGGUUUUGCUUCAACACCUUAGUGCUAAUACCAUUUUGAAUCAAAUCGAUGUUUUUUUAAAACUGUCUGGUGUAAGCUUGUUUUGCUUCAACACACUAGUGCUAAUACCAUUUUGAAUCAAAUCGAUGUUGUUUUUUAAACUGUCUGGUGUAAGCUGGUUUUGCUUCAACACCUUAUUGCUAAUACCAUUUUGAUUCAAAUCGAUGUUGUUUUAUACUGUCUGGUGUAAGCUGGUUUUGCUUCAACACCUUAGUGCUAAUACCAUUUUGAAUCAAAUCGAUGUUUUUUUAAACUGUCUGGUGUAAGCUUGUUUUGCUUCAACACCCUAGUGCUAAUACCAUUUUGAAUCAAAUCGAUGUUGUUUUUUUAAACUGUCUGGUGUAAGCUGGUUUUGCUUCAACACCUUAUUGCUAAUACCAUUUUGAUUCAAAUCGAUGUUUUUUUUCAUACUGUCUGGUAUAAGCUGGUUUUGCUUCAACACCUUUAUAGUGCUAAUACCAUUUUUAUUUAUUCAUGUUUUUAUUUGAAAUGUGUACAAAUUAGCAAAUUUCAUAGGAAAUAAAUUCUUGCUCCAUACACCCCCUCAAUAUCAACUAUACUUGUUUUUCUCUGAGACUAACGGCACUAUGACAAAGCUGGUUUCUUGACAUGUAUCUGAUAUUUGGAACAAUUGUCUUUCUAUUCGUUUUUAACCAUCAUUUUUUUGCCCCUGUUAAGUUUAUACACUUUGUUUUUGAGCAAAAAGGCAUGCUCGCAAUUUUGUAAUCCAUAUCCAUUUCGGGCCUUUAUUUCUUAGUUCGUUAUUAUUUUUCUUUUCAAAAAUUGUGUUCAAAGCAAAUCAGAACCUUUAACUCAUUCAGUUGAUAUUCUUGAAUGCAAAAUAUCUUGUCCGUUAUGUCUUUUCCUCGUUUAUUUAUUGUUUCAUUCUCAAGCAAUAUAUGCUUUAUAGUUUGCAUUCGUUACUUCUUAAAUAUUUGAGUUGAUAUGAUUUGUGUAUAACAUUUGUUCAAAGAUUAUCUUGAUGAACAUGUACUAAAGAUUUAUCUACGCCUCUGUUUUUAGAUAUUUGGUUGGUUGUUUAAAAUAAAACUUUGAGUUUAGUUUUGUUAAGAAAUCAGAGUGUAUAUCAAUCCAGUUAUUGGCGUUAGCUUCUCUUAUUGCAUUAUCCAG